AUGACCCAGGGCUUCUGGCGGCUCUACAAGGCCAAAGUGUUGCAGACCCUGGGGGGGGCACGGGAGGAUGGGGUGCUGCAGGAGGAGGGAGACCCCCCUGAGCUGAUGGAGGUGGACGAGCCCCCCACACUGAUGGAGGAGGGACCCAGCCCCGUGUCCCAGCUGGCGAGGAAGGUGCAGGGGGUGGGUGCCCGGGGCUGGCGGACGCUUUCGUCCCUCUUCACCCGCGAGGACGAGCACCAGCUGCUCAGCCCAGAGCCCUGCGCAGACCACCCACUGGCUGCCUCGCCGCCUGAGCCACCCCCCUCGGAGAAAUCGCCCGGCUUUUGGGAUCUCUUUGCUACGAAGUGGCAGCAGGCGUCAGGGCUGGACAAGGGGGUGUCCCCCGCAGAGCCAGACGAGAGCCCCGGGGAGCCGCCGGGCGACGAUGGCAGCGACCUGCGGGAGCCGGAGGAAGGGGCCUUCCACUGGGGCUUCCUGGCCGGCAAACUGGCUGAAAUCCGGAAUAAAAGUGCCCCCAAGGGUAACUAG